AGAGAGAGAGAGAGAGAGAGAGAGAGGCAUCCACAUGAGUGUAUGAGGAGCGUCUUGGACAGACAGAGCUUCUUUAGGGAGGACAACCAGGUGAAGACGGAAGGAUCUGAUGACGGCUUGACACAACUAAAUACAGAAAACAGGUUUCCCACGAGACCUGCCUCCUGGACCAGGUGCUGGAGCUGAUUAUGAACGAGAAGCCCCCCAACAGUGCUAGUCUUUUCCUAAACGAGGACGUGGAUAAACCCCCCCUUCCAGAGAGAGGAGACUUGAGGAGACGCCUACGCAGGGCCAUGGAGAGGAGAGCCAGCAGCAUGAAGGAGAGGAUGAGCUCCAUCAGUCGGGACAGCAUCAAAGGUUUCCUCAAGAGGAACCUGUUUGUUCUGUUCACUGUCGCCGCUGUGGCUCUGGGUGUAAUCCUGGGCUUUGCUCUACGCCCCCACAACCUGUCCCUGAGGGAGAUCAAGUACUUUGCCUUUCCAGGGGAGCUACUAAUGAGAAUGCUACAGAUGUUGGUGCUGCCUCUCAUUGUCUCCAGUCUGGUCACAGGCAUUUCCUCCUUGGACAGCAAAGCGUCAGGUAAGAUGGGUAUGCGUGCAGUGGUCUACUACAUGGUGACCACCCUGAUUGCUGUGUUCAUUGGUAUUGUCAUCGUGAUGAUCAUCCAGCCAGGGAAAGGCAGCAGGGACAGUCCUGUGGCCAACACUGGAAACAUAGAGCCGGUUCAGGCUGCUGAUGCUUUCUUGGAUCUCAUCAGGAACAUGUUUCCCCCCAAUCUGGUAGAGGCUUGUUUCAAGCAGUAUAAAACUGUGUACAAGAAGACUGUGCACACAAGGAACGUGACAGUGGCCCUGAACCUGACCGACUCUCUAAACAUGACAGAGUCUAACAUGAGCGUAAACCUCAGCAGGGUGCUGCAUACCAUACAGGAGACAGUGGAGGAGACUGUCCCUGUGUCCGGGUCCUCCAGUGGAGUGAACGCUCUGGGUUUAGUGGUUUUCUCCAUGUGCUUCGGUCUGGUCAUUGGCAACAUGAAGCAGCAGGGCCAGGCCCUCAGAGACUUCUUUGACUGCCUGAAUGAAGCCAUCAUGAGGCUGGUGUCCAUCAUCAUCUGGUAUGCUCCUGUCGGCAUCCUGUUCAUGAUUGCGGGAAAGAUUGUGGAGAUGAAGAAUCUGGCAGAGGUGGGCGGCCAGCUGGGGAUGUACACCGUGUCAGUCAUUGUGGGUCUCCUCAUCCACGGCCUCAUUGUCCUGCCACUGCUCUACUUCCUAGUGACCAGGAGGAAUCCCUACACUUUCAUUGUUGGCCUGCUGCAGGCGCUCAUCACUGCUUUGGGAACCUCAUCUAGCUCUGCCACCCUGCCCAUCACUUUCCGCUGUCUGGAGGAGAACAACCGUGUGGAUAAACGAGUGACACGUUUCAUCCUGCCUGUGGGUGCCACCAUUAACAUGGAUGGCACCGCCCUCUACGAGGCUGUGGCAGCCAUCUUUAUUGCCCAAGUCAAUGACAUGGACCUAAACUUUGGGCAGAUUCUCACCAUCAGUAUCACAGCAACGGCUGCCAGCAUCGGAGCAGCAGGCAUCCCUCAGGCUGGCCUGGUUACCAUGGUGAUCGUAUUGACAUCGGUGGGACUGCCCACAGAGGACAUAACACUGAUCAUCGCUGUGGAUUGGUUCUUGGACCGUUUGCGGACCACCACCAACGUGCUGGGUGACUCGCUCGGGGCUGGCAUCGUGGAGCACCUUUCCCGUGGAGAGCUGCAGAGUCAGGAUGCUGAGGUUCGCAACUCGGUUAUCGAGGAGAAUGAGAAGCCCUACCAGCUUAUCUGUCAGGAAAACGAUUCACUCAACCACCACAACAGUGAGACCCCAAUGUGAAGACUAGAGCAACACCCUUAAGGGCUUCAUGUACCAAAAGCAUUUUAGCUAGAGGGAUGGCUUGCAAAGGUGCAGGGACAGUCUUGGUUCAUAGUUCAUGGUCAACUCAGCCAGCGCUUGGGGUUUGAAGAUCAUUUUCGCAGUUGCAGACGACAAUUCACAUCUUUCUCUGGGAAACAAGAAAAUACAAAACAAUACAGCCGUUACACAUCUAAUGCCUACAAUCUGUUUCUUGGCUGGAGUGCCAGUUAUUUGGGGUCAUUUUUCUGUUUGAUAACUGUUUUAAUAUAAUGUCAGGCAAGUUCAAUGUCAAAGACAGUUGAAAAUCUGCAGUUUGGCUGUUGCAUGACUUAACACUUAAUACAUAUUAUUUCUUUGAAACACUUAUUCAUUGACAUUCUCAUUACGACUACCUCUCAUAGGACUUAGAUAUGGAGUGCUACACACAGACAUACUCAAUGGAGCAUAUCAUCUUAGAAUUGUUUAGAAUAUUUAGUUACUUUAGUUAAUAUUAGUUACUUGAGUUUGAAUGUACUUGACUGUUAAACACUGGAGGGUAGUGUGAAGAAAAAUAUUUGCUACUUAUCAUUUUGAAGUUGAUCUAUUUCAAGUGAAUUGGUAGAAUGUUUUUCACUCAGUGAUUUCUUAUAAAUAUUAUAUUGGUGUGUAUUUCCUGUAUUUCUUUUGUUUUAUUGCUUUUGGGUAAAACUAUUAUGGGUAAAAGACUGUACUGCAACACAGUCAUUUUACAGGAAUACCUGCAGUUAUACUCUCUUUUUAGUAUUUUAGUAGAAGGAAAUAUUAAACAAGAGAAUGAGAACAAUUUUUGUUUCAUUUUUUCUAAAACGUUCUUGUUUUUCCAUCGUAAGGUUUAAUUGAUCUUGUAUUGGAUCUUUUUUUAGAUUACUGGUUUAUGAAGUAUAAACAAGUGUCGUUUCAAGACCAUUAGAUAACUUUUUGUUGUUGGUUACAACAAUGUGCUUACCAUCAGUACACCUGCCUAUCUGCCUUUUCUGCAUUAUAAGUCUAUGAACUUUAAUAAUUUUAAUGUUGUUAUAUUUGGACUGGAUAAUAUAUUGCAAGCUAAUGAUUGAUUUGUUUAGUUUUGUGAAAAGGUACUGUGAAGAAAGUUUGUGAAUGCCUUGAGUAAUUUAAUGUACAGUUGCUUUAUGCUUUUUGGUGUUGAUUGUUUUUGAGGAAGGUGUAGUGUAUGAUUAUGAAAGUUAAAAGGUAUAUAUCAUUUAAAGCUCUUUAAAUGACUUUGUGUCACUUGUAUGCCCAUUACGAGGUCUGACUUUAGUUUCGAGGCUUGAUGU